UGCCCAGGCCUGAGACGCUCCUGCUCCCCUGCCUCGCCCGAGAGUGGGCCCGGCCCCUUUGCACCACCCCCGGGCCGCAGUGGGCGGCUCCGCCCGUCCUCGCAGAGCCAGCGGUUACCUGCGCUCGAGGACCCCAGCCGGCCUCCCGCGAGGGACUGAGACCAGCCGAGCGCGUGCCUCGUGGAUCCGGAUAGAGCUCGGACUGUGAAGCCCUAUAGAGCAUACAAGGGCAAUGAGUGAGCUAAAGGACUGCCCACUGCAGUUCCAUGACUUCAAGUCAGUGGACCACUUGAAGGUAUGUCCCCGAUAUACAGCGGUACUGGCCCGCUCAGAAGAUGAUGGUAUUGGCAUUGAGGAGCUCGACACUCUUCAGCUGGAGUUGGAGACUCUGCUUUCUUCAGCCAGCCGACGUCUUCGGGUGCUGGAGGCUGAGACCCAGAUCCUGACUGACUGGCAGGAUAAGAAAGGUGACCGGCGAUUCCUAAAGCUGGGCCGGGACCAUGAAUUAGGAGCCCCUGCAAAACAUGGCAAGCCCAAAAAACAGAAGUUGGAAGGAAAGGCAGGUCAUGGGCCAGGUCCUGGCCCUGGCCGGCCCAAGUCCAAGAACCUCCAGUCCAAGAUUCAGGAAUAUGAAUUCACAGAUGACCCCAUUGAUGUGCCACGGAUUCCCAAGAAUGAUGCUCCUAACAGGUUCUGGGCUUCCGUGGAACCGUACUGUGCUGACAUCACCAGUGAGGAAGUACGAACGCUGGAAGAGCUGCUGAAGCCCCCAGAAGAUGAGGCUGAGCAUUACAAGAUCCCACCUCUGGGGAAGCACUAUUCCCAGCGUUGGGCCCAGGAAGAUUUACUGGAAGAACAGAAAGAUGGAGCCCGAGCAGCAGCUGUAGCUGACAAGAAGAAAGGCAUUAUGGGACCACUGACGGAACUGGACACCAAAGAUGUGGAUGCACUGCUUAAGAAAUCAGAGGCCCAGCACGAGCAGCCUGAAGAUGGGUGUCCCUUUGGCCCUCUGACUCAACGACUCCUACAGGCUUUGGUGGAGGAAAACAUUAUCUCCCCCAUGGAAGAUUCCCCUAUUCCAGAUGUGUCUGGCAAAGAGUCUGGAGCUGAUGGUGCCAGCACCUCCCCUCGAAAUCAGAACAAGCCAUUCAGUGUUCCCCAUACCAAGUCUCUGGAGGGACGAAUAAAAGAGGAGCUGAUAGCCCAGGGCCUGCUGGAGUCUGAGGACAGGCCUGCUGAGGACUCGGAGGAUGAAGUCCUGGCUGAGCUGAGGAAGCGGCAGGCUGAAUUGAAGGCACUCAGCGCUCACAACCGAACCAAGAAGCAUGAUCUUCUGAGGUUGGCAAAAGAAGAAGUGAAUCGUCAAGAGCUGAGGCAGCGGGUACGCAUGGCAGACAAUGAGGUCAUGGACGCCUUCCGGAAGAUCAUGGCUGCCCGGCAGAAGAAGAGGACUCCCACCAAGAAGGAAAAAGACCAGGCCUGGAAAACACUGAAGGAGCGGGAGAGCAUCCUUAAACUUCUGGAUGGAUAGCUAGGCUGGGCUUCUCGGUUCCUGCCCUGCCUCUUAGUUCUUCUCUCUCCCAAAUCUUAAUGCUUAGAAGAAUGGGAAGACCCCAGGCCCUUCCUCUGACAGAAUGGGUGGGAGUUGCUGUAUAUUUGCUGCCUCUCUUCACUGGACUUUUUUAGACAAUGCUCAGCCAGGGAGCCAGAGGAGUGGGCUGGAGCUGGCCCUAGACUGUGCUUGGCAGAAUUCUAAUGAGAGAUUGGUGUCUUGGGCCAGGCUUCACUUCUCCCCUGGACCUGGCUGUUGUCCCUUCUUCCCCCUCUUUUCUUCCAAGAACUUUUCCCCUGUGUUUUUCUAAGGUGUAAACUUUAGAGUAAACAGACUGCUCUGGUUUUUAAGAAAAUAA